ACUUCCGCCGCGCCAGUGACGUCAGCGGACGGCGCCCGGGACAGAGAGGCGCCGCGGCUGCGCAUGCGCCCUUGGAGGAGUCCGGCUGCUAGCCUCCCUCCUCGCCAGCGACAGGAAGCCAGGCCCCGGCCCUUCUGCGCCGCCGGGCCUGGUCCCGAGGGCGCCGCCAUGGAGGGCACGGCGGAGGCGCGUCCGCUGAGGAACCAGGAGCCCAAGGCGGCGGCGGAGGCGGAGGCGGAGGCGGGCGGCGGAAGCAGCGGAGGGCGGCGCUCGCGGUGGCGGACGGCGGCCUUCUUCGCCUCGCUGUUCCUGAGCCUGGCGGCCGUCUUCGCCUUCUCCUUCGCCGUCCCUUGCCCGGUGAGGCCGCGCUCCGAAAGGGCCUGGAGCCGCUCCUACGACGACGCCGCGGCCUUCCCGUUCCUGGAGCUGGCGGACGCAGACGAGGACGGCGUGCAGGAUGCCCUCUUCGCCUUCAGGGCUGCUGCGGUGGGGACCGGGGGCAGGAACGGCAGCCGAGGCUGGAAGGAGCCCUGCGCGGAGGCCGGCUUGCGCUCCCCCUGCGCCUUCCUGGCGGCCCACGCGGGCACCAACGGCAGCCUCCUCUGGCUGAAGCCGGUGGCCCAAGACCUGCAGCUGCUGGACUGCGCCUGGGAGCACGGCGGGAAGCCGGCCUGCCUCCUCCUGGGGAAGCCGGGGCCCCUGGCAGCCCUCGACUUGGAGACAGGCCAGACGCUGUGGCAGGAGACGGCCAACUUCACCGCAAACUCCACUGUGCUGAGUCCUUUGCUCAAGGUCCCCAGCAUUCAUAAGGAGGGAGCGCUGGAUCUUUUGGUCUUCGCAGAAGCUGGAGAGGAGUUAAUAGGAUCCUUCUACUCUGGGACAGAUGGCACUCAGAUCGGAUCCAGUGUUACCUUACAGCUGCCAAAUUGCCUGGGCCACCUCAUGCAUGUCACAUCCAAGGGUGCCCACUAUGUCCUCUUUUACACUGGCAGGGCUGCUCAGCUCACUGGGCUCUUUUCUCUUGGCUCAGGAAAAGGCCUCUUUGGCUACUCGGUGAAGGAGAUCUACCGCAUGGCUGUACCCUUGCCGGCCCAUCCAAGCACCAGCCUGAAGGAGGACCCCCACUGGGAAGCAGCUAUUGAGAGCGUCACUCACCAGAUCUCCCUACUCAGCUUGAGAGGAAUUCGUUCUCUGACCAAGAUGACCAGGAAGCCAGGAAGCAACAUUUUGGUGACAGGUUCAGCCACAUUGGAGCUGGUAGAUGGGCAGCACCUGGGCUCCGUGUGGGUCACUGACAUCCCCCACAUCCUGAGGGAGCCUGUCCUUGGGGCCUACGAUCCUGACGAGGUUGAUGUUAUCCUUGAAAGCCAAGUUUCAGCCAAGAAGAAAAUGGUGAAGAUUGUGGAGGGCAGCUCCGGGGACAUCGAGUGGGAGGUGGAGCUGCUGCACCCAGAGGCAGGGAGCCCCCGUCCGGCUACCCUCCCAACAGCUGAUCACAGAUCUGCCUUCCUCUUCUGGGGCCGGUACCAAGAAAACACUAACAGGACUGGGUCCCCCGAUGAAACCUUGCAGCCACAGGAGCAGCACCUCUACCUGUUCCACCCCUCCCUCCCCAAUGUUCUCCUGGAGAUGAGCAACUGCACAGAGCCCAUUAUUGCCUUUGCAGGGGUCCUUUUUGAGCGGAGCCGACAUGCCUGCUACGUACUGCUGACCGGGCCCCAAGUGAGCGGCACUUCCACCGGACAUGUGGUGCUCACAAAGCGGAAGCUGAAGGAGGAUGUUGCUGGCGGCCGGGUGGUCUGGCUCAGCCAGGUGGCCCAGGACACUGAACAGAACGUCCGGGAGCGGCUCCUCCGGAUGAGAUACCGCAGCCUCCCGUGAGCCAGGGCACAGGAAAGGUGGCCUUGUGGAGGGGCUGUGUGUGCGUGCGCAAAAGACCCGAGGGGGCAGUGAAAGCUGCCUGGAGCUGCCAGCCUGGGUCCAGCUCCAAGGGUGCUUUGGGGCAGCACAGGGACUGCGUGCGCAUGUGCGCCUGUCUUUGACUACUCAGCCUGCCUCCAGUACCGCCCUGCCAGCCUCCAUCUGUGGCUUGCUCCCUUUCCUAGGAUGGUGCUGGAGGCAGGGGGACCGUGGUCGAGCGAGAGAUUACUGAUGCGCGUGCAUGUCUGUGUCCAUACUAGCAUGGGGCAGGUUAGGCAGGAUAUAGGGCAGGAAGCCUUCUGCCUUUUGCCCUAACCAAGAAGUAGCCUUGUGGCCAGAGGGCUUGUCUUGGGGGGGGGGGAGUAGGCACCACUGCUGCCUGAAGGCAUUGCACCUCGUUGCCCUCUCUUUGGACUGAUAAUGAUGAUGCCACCAGAGUGGGCACACUUGCUUCCAUGCCACCUGAAGAGUUUCUGCACUUCUUUCCAGAGAGGCAUCCUACCCCGGUCUGCAGCACUCACCAUUUCUUUUAAGACUGAGGGGGCAGCUUAGGGCCAUUUUGGGUGACUGCUCCCCUCCCCCUCCAGGGGCUUAGCUGUCCUCCCCCAGCAAGAGAUCUGCAGGACCUCCCCCCCCCUUUGCUAGUAGAGACUGGGCUGCCUUUUUGCCCUUCAGGAGGAGUGCUUUCCUUUGGGUCUCCGGCUGCCUCUGGGGUGGAGCUGGGGGGGGCACUGCACCUUUUGGCAACUGGGGUGUUUCUGGACAUGGGUUGGCUGCUGGUGCUGCCAGGGCUGAAUAAACUGGUGGUCUCCCUCUGC